GGGGCCGCUCCGCAAACUUUGCAGCGAUGCUCCGCCAAGAGUACGCCAACAAAACAAAGCGCUUUAUAUAUUAAAAAAAAUUUAAAAAUUACAAAAAAUAAUAAAAAAGCGAAAGGAACGUGUAAUAAUUAAAAAAAAAUUGUUCCUUUCGGCCAAGCGGCCGCGUCACGUGCGCCCGCGGCCCCGUAUAAACGCGCUGGGCCAUGUGUGUGUGAGCUGGGCGAACCCAAGGUGGAAGCCAGGCAAAGUGCGGCGGCGGCCGGGCUCGGAGCUCCAUGAGCGGGUUUGUGUGAUUUUGCUAAAAUGCAUCACCAACAGCGAAUGGCUGCCUUAGGGACGGACAAAGAACUGAGUGAUUUACUGGAUUUCAGUGCGAUGUUUUCACCUCCUGUGAGCAGCGGGAAAAAUGGACCAACUUCCUUGGCAAGUGGACAUUUUACUGGCUCAAAUGUAGAAGACAGACCUAGCUCAGGGUCCUGGGGGAACGCAGGACAUCCGAGCCCAUCCCGGAACUAUGGAGAUGGGACUCACUACGACCACGUGGCGGGCAGAGACCUCGGCUCACACGACAAUCUCUCUCCUCCCUUUGUCAAUUCCAGAAUACAAAGUAAAUCAGAACGAGGCUCGUACUCGUCCUACGGGCGGGAUUCCAACCUCCAGGGCUGCCACCAGCUUUUUCCAGAGGAAAAAGUCGGGAUGAGGAAGCCAAAGCUCCGUGGGAGCCGCGUGUUCCGUGUGCAGCAGAGCCUGCUGGGAGGGGACAUGGAGCUGGCCACGCCCGGGGCGCUGUCCCCCAGCAAGCCGGGCUCCCAGUUCUACCAGUACGGGGGCAGCGCGCGCCGGAGACCCCUGCACGGCUCCUCCAUGGAAGUUCAGACAAAAAAAGUCCGGAAGGUUCCGCCGGGUUUGCCGUCCUCCGUGUACGCUCCGUCCGCCAGCCCGGCCGAGUUCAGCCGCGACUCGGCCGCCUUCGCCUCCAAGGGCGGCGCCGCCUUCCCCGGCUCCUUCUUCAUGCCAGAUGGGCAGCACAGCGGCGAGCCCUGGAGCUCCUCCAGCGCCAUGAGCCAGGCCGGCUUCCCGGGGAUGCUGGGCAGCUCCGCGCACGCGCCCCUGGGCCAGGCCGGCGCCUACUGCGGCCUGCACCCCCACGAGCGCCUGGGCUACCCGGCGCACUCGUCGGCCGAGCUGAGCUCGGCGCUGCCCCCGAUGUCGUCGUUCCACCGCGGCUCCAACGCCUUCGGCUCCUCCUGCACGCCCCCGGCCAACGGCGCCGAGCCCCUGCUGGGUGAGCCGCGGUGCCGGAGAGCACUCGGGAAAGGCACGGGAAAACAGGGGAAAGGCACGGGAAAUGGCUACCCGGCGCACUCGUCGGCCGAGCUGAGCUCGGCGCUGCCCCCGAUGUCGUCGUUCCACCGCGGCUCCAACGCCUUCGGCUCCUCCUGCACGCCCCCGGCCAACGGCGCCGAGCCCCUGCUGG